UGAAAAUAAAAACACAUGGUAAUUAGCGUGGUAACUUCAAGAUUAAGAUGAAGUUUUCUUUCAAAUUUUCAAAUUUGCUUGGCACAGUUUACAAUAAAGGGAAUUUGAUAUUUACACCUGAUGGAAAUACAUUAAUUAGUCCUGUUGGUAAUAGGAUUACUCUAUAUGAUUUAAGAAACCAUAAAUCUGAAACUCUACCCAUAGAAAGCAGAUAUAAUUUCACUACAUUGGCUCUUUCUCCUAAUGGAAUGCUUCUUGUUGCAGUUAAUGAACCUGGUGAAGCUUUACUCUGUAGUUUGCCUCAUCAAAUAGUUAUCCAUCGUUACCAUUUCAAAAGACCUAUUGAAGCGGUUCGUUUUAGUCCUAAUGGCAGGUAUUUAGCAGUAACAAAAGAAAAUAAACUUUUUAUUUACCAAGUACCUGGUUGCAGCAUGAAGCAAUUCAACGCAUUCACCUUAGAAAAAGUGUAUCAUUUUUCAUAUGAUAAAACAAUGUGCAUUGAUUGGACAUCAGAUUCAAGAGUAAUUGCUGUUGGAAGUGCAGACAUGACAACAAAAAUAUAUGCUUUUGCAAAGCUAAAAAAUUUAUCUGUAUACACAUUAGGUAGCCAUACAGAUGUUCUUGUAGGAUGUUUUUUUGAAGAAAAUUCUUUAAAUAUAUAUACUGUUAGCAAGAAUGGACAAGUUUGUGCAUGGGAAUGCAGCUUUGAUCUGGGCAGUUUAAUAUCUGCAUCUGAAGAUCUAAACAAAAAGGAGCAAAAUAAUGAUGAGGAAGAUGAAAUAAUAUGUGAAGAAGAAGAGAAAAAUGUGACAAAGGGAAAAACAGAUAAAAAAUUUUUCUAUAAAAGAAUAGGAAGGCAUUUCAUAAAAGAUCAGGUUUCUAAAGAAGGUUAUGUUGCUCUUUCAUCUGCAGCAUUUAACAGGAAAGGUCAUUUGCUAGUUGUAGGAUUUUCUAAUGGUUCAUUUUUGCUUUAUGAAAUGCCAGAGUGCUAUCAGAUUCAUUCUCUUUCGCUUUCAAAUCAAAUGAUAGCUAGUGUAGCAUUCAACUAUACAGGUGAUUGGAUAGCACUGGGCAGUGCGGGCAUUGGACAGCUCGUUGUAUGGGAAUGGCAAAGUGAAUCAUUUGUAAUGAAGCAGCAGGGACACUUCAAUAAUAUGCAGUGUCUUUGUUAUUCACCCGAUGGAAUGUUCAUAGCUACUGGAGGGGAAGAUGGGAAGGUCAAAAUAUGGGAUACCUCUUCUGGUUUUUGUUUUGUUACAUUUACUGAGCAUACCAGUGCUAUCACAGGUGUAGCAUUUUCUCCAAAUGGUAAAGUUGUUCUGUCAGCAUCACUUGAUGGGACAGUAAGAGCAUUUGAUUUAUUCAGAUACAGAAAUUUCCGAACAUUUACUACUCCUAAACCAACUCAGUUCUCUUGUCUUACCGUCGAUCCUAGUGGAGAAAUAAUAUGUGCUGGUUCUGAAGAAAGUUUUGAAAUAUACGUAUGGGCUGUACCUACUGGACGUCUUCUUUCUGUACUAGCUGGCCAUGAAGCACCAGUAAGCAGUGUUUGCUUCAGCCCUGUUGAUCUUGUUAUUUCUUCUGCAUCCUGGGACAAAACUGUAAGGUUCUGGAAUGUACAUGAAAGCAAAAGCAGCCGGGAAACUAUAACUUUGACAUCUGAUGCUUUGGCUGUUGUAUAUAGACCAGAUGGAGCAGAAAUAGCAGUUGCAACGUUAGAUGGUCAAAUAUCAUUCUUCAGUGCACAUACUUCUGAACAGACUGGCAGUAUAGAAGGGCGAAAUGAUCUCUACGUUGGUCGUCGUGAGACAGACAGGAUUACAGCAAAAAAGCUGUUAAAAUCACAAGCAUUUACAACACUAUGCUACAUUGCUGAUGGUGAAUGCAUUUUGGCUGCUGGUCGUUCAAAAUUUAUUUGCAUCUAUAAUGUAAAAGAUAAGAUACUUAUGAAAAAGUUUGAAAUUACAUGCAACCUCUCUUUUGAUGCUGUGGAGGAUUUUAUAAACAGAAGAAGAAUGACGAAUUUUGGUAAUAAAGCCCUUAUUGAGAAAAGAGUUGAUGAAGAAGCAAUUACAGUUGCUGUUCCUGGGAGCAAAAAACUUGAUAAAAGUUCAAGAUCUGUCAAACCAGAGAUAAGUGUAUCAGCAAUUCAAUUUUCUCCUACAGGUAGAGCUUGGGCAGCUACAACCACAGAAGGUCUUCUUGUAUAUUCUCUGGACAACAAUCUUGUGUUUGAUCCCUUUGAUUUAGACAUAGAUAACACACCUCAGAAUAUUAGGAAAACAUUAACAAAUAGUGAUUAUUCUCGUGCGAUUAUGAUGGCUUUGAGGUUAAAUGAAACUAAAGUUACUAUGGAAGUUGUUGAGUCUAUAAAACCAGAUGCUAUUGAAACUCUGGUUUCUUAUUUGCCACUCCUGUAUGCUGAAAAACUUCUGAGAUUUGUGGUUGAUCAGCUUGAAGUUAGCCCCCAUUUCGAAUUCUAUGUUAUGUGGAUCCAGUAUAUUUUGACAGCACAUGGAACAAAUUUGAAAAACCAUGCUGGAUCCAAAAGCACUUUACGUGCUAUGCAGAAAAAUUUAAGUAGGCGAGCAGAAGAACUGGAAAAAGUAUGCAGUACUUUCAAGUAUAUGUUAGAAUAUAUAUUAGCUGUUAGCAAGGUGAAGAAACGGAGCAUAGAAUCUGUGGAGAAUGACACUGUAGAUAUUUUAAUGAGGAAUGAAGAAUCAUCAGCUUCAGAUUCGUCUGCUGAAGAAUCAAAUGUAGAAACAUGACAGAUAUAUUUUAAGAAUUAAAUAAGAAAUAAACUGUAUAUACUUUUAUUAGUAGUAAAAUGUAAAUUUUUUUAAAAAAUGGACUAUAACUUUAUUUUAAUAAAGCAUUUAUUAUAAA